AGUAUAUAUAUAUAUAUAUAUAUAUAUAUAUAUAUAUUUAAAAAUCAGAAGGUUGCAUAAACAUCAGAAUGGGAGGCAACGAUGGACCAAAGGAAAAGAGUGGCUGCAAGAGAUCACGUACCUAUUACAAGAAAUGUAUGUAUAAGAAACGUAAGAAAUGGAACUCCAUUGAUGUUGGGAUGCGAGGUUUUCUGGUGACAUGUAAUCGCAAUGAAAGUCAAGCUGUUAAGGAAAUGUAUAAUCUUCUCAAUGAAUACGCCGAUAUAUUAUAUGGACCUGAACAUACAGAGGUGACAUCAAAGAAUUUGGAAUCUAAUGAUGACAAAGAAGAUUCAGAAGAAUCAGCUGGUGAGAUUGAAGAUGAACUUGAACGAGAAGUGAAAGCCUUGAAAGACGAAAAACCUGCCGAACGGCGGUUCCAACAGGUGGACAGUGGCACAAAGAACUGUCUCUUCAUCAAGACUACUCUCGAGAAGCCAUGUGAAUUAAUUCAUCACAUUCUCAGUGAUAUUUACCAAAGUCAGGUCCAAAAGACUCGUUAUAGUCUUCGUGUCCUUCCAGUGAGUACCAUUUGUCGUAUCGAUUUGGCAGACAUCACAAAGGUAGCCACGGACCUCCUGGAUUCAUAUUUCUCCACACCUUUUGGAACAACAACAACAUAUGGCAUUUCAUUUAAGGCUCGUAUGACUGCUAGAGUGACCCGUGAUGAUGUAAUUCGGAAUAUCUGUCAGAUUAUUGAAGAGAUGAAUCCCUUGAAUAAGGUUAACUACAGUACACCAGACUUUAUUGUCAUUGUGGAGUUCCUGAAAGGAUUUUGCUGCCUAAGUGUUGUGAAAGAUUUCUACAAGUUCCGCAAGUACAAUCUACAGGAGACAGCCAGAGCACUGCAACGCCUGGCUGCAAAUCAAUGUGAAACCACAGAAGAACAACCAAAUGCUACAGCUCUAGCAGAGAGCACACCUGACACUAAUCUCAUUCAUGCCAGCACUCUUGCUAAAUCUGACUCUAAAAAUGAAUUAAGUGCUACCAUUGUCAAUUCCAAGGACAAGUUAAACACUAAUAGAUCUAACUGUACUGAAAUACAGAAUGAUUGUAAUCAGUCUAGUGAAAAAUCAGAAACAGAAACUGGUGAGAAAGUUUAGCAAGAACUGUUGUGAACUAGUUCCAUUGCUGGCAGCAGUGCAGAUCGGAUGAAUUUUAAGAACGUGUGCAGUCUUUUGAAAUCAACUCCCUAAGAUGUACUUUCCUGUUGUUUGUUUCAUUCAGUUCUAUUUAGUUGUAAAAAUAUCUGUUACCAUUUCUUUAAACCCUGCUGUUCUGUUGUUAUUUUUUAUAGGUUUUAUAGAAAUGGGACACAGGUAAAGAUAUGGCAAAAACUCCAGUAUAUUACUGGUAUUUAUUUUGACAAUCUUAAAUGGAGUGACAAGAGAAUCGGGUUAUUACUACUUUGGACCUUCACUUUUUGACAUAUAAUAAAUUGUGUAUGAAAGAUUAUUAAUAUAGAUAAACCCAUCAUCAAAGUAUCUGAUAUCUUACAAGAGAUAAGUAGACAGACAAGUAGUUAAAUAGAUAGAUAUACUGGAGACAAGUAGUUUAACACAGUAAUGAGUGAUUCCCUGCUUUACUUACAGUUAGAGAUGUGAUCACAGUAUGGUGUAAGUAAGAGGACGCAAACAGCUGUCUCACCUGCUUGUCUGAUAUGUUAUUGACCUGAUCAACCACUGUCCACUGCAAACUCUUUUCAGGAACCAAUUCCAAAGAUGUUUUUUGAUGCAAGAGUUUACUCCCAGACUGGAGUGUCUGAUCUUCUUCAGUCCAUCAGAAAAAAAGUGAAGCCUCAUUGGUUGAUCAGUGACCAACUCACUUUACAUGACAAGCUGGUCUGACUGCAGACAAAUGUUCUUUCAAAAACUAAAGAAACAAGGUUAGGAGGUGGCAUCUACAAACUGAACCAAGUUAUUCCAAUAUGAGUUACACACAAAUAUUUUAAUCUUUAAUUGGUAAAUCAUCAAUCAAAUUAAUUAAUUAAAGUGAGAAUGAGGCAGAAAAUGGUCAAGUUCUUGUUCCAAACCUCAUCUGAGCAUUUUUAUCCAUUGAGGGCCGUGAUGUUCUUUAAUUACCUUCAUUUCUGUUGACAAAAAAAAAUAACAGAGAAAUGUUUUAAAUACUGAAUAAUGUAAAAUGAAUGAAAUACAAAGGUUAUUUAUUAACUACAUAAUUGUGUGUGUAAACCUGAGCAGGAAGAAGGCUCCAGAGUUACCUGCUCCUGGGGAAAUAAGAUCAGUCAAAGAAUUUAGUAUAUUUUAUUAAUCCCAGGUAAAUUUGAUGAUAGCAGUGAGAUUUAGUUGCUAAACAACUAAUUACAUGGCCAUUGGUUCAAACCGUUCUACCAUUGUGUUGUACCUUUGGGCAAAGUAUAAUCUGGUUUGCACCUAGGUGGCACAACCACUUCUUAACAUCAGAAGUAGGACGAACAGGCUGGCAUGGAAAUGUGAAACAUCAGUAAAACAAAUCUUGUAUAUGUUUGUGUGAAACGUCAAAAAUCUAAUGUAGAUGAUUUUUGUGAUUACAUCUAUUUAAUUUCUUUAAUGUCCUACUUUAGUCUUUCGUUUUUGUCACUUUUGAAAAACCAUUGCUUCAUCAUCAUCAUCAUCAUCGUUUAAUGUCCUUCUUCCAUACUGGCUAGCCAGGCAGGAGCCUGCAUCAGACUUCUCUGUCUGUUUUGACACGGUUUUUAUGGCUGAUGCCCUUUAUAACACCAGCCACUGAGUGGCACCAGCACAGACGAGGUCAGUUUCAGCAUGGUUUUUACAGCUGGAUGCCCUUCCAGAUGCUAACCACUUUACUAUGUGGUACCAGCACUGGCAGAGUCACCAAGUAACUUGCAAGACAAGAAAUCUUUGAGAGGAGAAGAGGCAUUGGAGGAUGCAAUCUUGUGCCAGAUGAUGAACGGUUAGAGUAUGACAGACAAAAUGUCUUGCUGUAGAAGAGGUACAUGGCUACCCGGCCAGAGUUUGACAUAAUAUUCCUUAAGACAAACUUCACUCUCUCAGUUUAUCAGCCAUCUUCUCACAGUAGUCAGCUGACUCAUUGACUGUCUACUAUUAGAAUAAAGCUAGUAAACAGAGUAAGAGAGAGAAACAUUUGUAUGUAACAGUCAUUGUUCACUUACCGUGGUGGAGGAGCUUGCCAAGAGGUAUGUUUAAUCCUGUAUGGAAAUAAAUUGAAAGCAGUGAAAUUGUUUGGAAUGAAAUAAAACAAGAAUCAGAUUGGUGUUAAGUUUUGUGUUGGAUAGCCCCCACCAUCAUCUUUGCUGUGAUACAGUUGUAGCUCAUCAAUGUAAUCAUUCAGUAUUUCUAGUCAUUUCUCGUGAUGUGAGAUACAUGUUUGGCUAGUGAGCAUACAAUACUAUCCUGUUUAAUACCAACCCUACUAAUUAGACAGCUUUUACUCACCAGUGCAACUCUUACAAACACUCUUACCUCCCAAACUGCAAGCAGUGAUUUUAAUUCCUUGCUAAAAGAAUUUCUACUAAUUCUGUGGAAUCCACUUUCCCUUUAUUUUUCAAUCACAUGGCUUUCUAAGCCAUAUAUCUUAAUACAAAUCAUUCACAUUUGUAGCCCACUUUGCAUCUAACUCUACACAAUUGGUAAAUUUUCAAAACUAUCUCUCUCUCCAUUACACCAAGCUAAUCAUUUUCCUAUAUACACACCAAAUGUGGAAGAACAUUGGGUCACUUCAAAACAAUCAAACCAGAUCUUCACACUGUCUUGUCCAUUGUCUUCAAACAAUGCAACCCAAAGUUAACAGAUUUUCUACAGCUGGAUGCCCUUACUGUUACCAAUCCUCACCUGUUUCCAAGCAAGGUAAUAUCUCUUCAUAGUUGGACAUGAUUAUACACAACUGGAAAUGACGGUGACACUUGCUUACAACUAUUGAAUGAUGUUAAGACAAAGAGAUACAACAAACAAGCACACACUCAUGUAUGUAUAUAUACACAAACGGCAGGCUUCUUUCAGUUUACACCUACCAAACCUCACAAGGCUUUGGUCAGCUCAAGGUGAUAGCUAAAGACAUUUGCCCAAAGUGUUGUAUAUGUCUUCUACUUAGAUCUAAGAAUAGGGAGAGAACUUCUGACAUUUGUUUAAUAUAAAUCUUAGGGACAAAGAAGUAUUUAGACAAAUUAGAUGUAUUUCUUUUUUUUACCUCUAAAUGACUGUUAAAAUGUGGGAUUACUCUAGCUUCUAACACAAAAUGUAAUUUUUGGUUGUGAACUAAGGUAAACCAGCUUGAAAUUCUAUUACCUGUUUUGACUGGCUAUAUUAACUACAAUCAACCACACUGAAAAAUUAUUGUCGGGAUUGGAUAACCAAUAAAAUGCUUACUCCACU